AUGCAUCUUGCUGAAUAUCUGUUCCGUCGAAUUCACGAGCUUGGAAUCCGGUCCAUCUUUGGUGUACCCGGUGAUUACAAUCUCCGCUCCCUUGACUAUAUCGCUCCCUGCGGUCUCAACUGGGUCGGUAGCGUGAACGAGCUCAACGGUGGCUAUUCCGCCGAUGGAUAUGCCCGCAUCAAGGGAAUCGGCGUAGUCAUGACAACCUUGGGUGUUGGGGAGCUUUCAGCCAUCAAUGCCCUCGCAGGCUCAUGCGCCGAACUUGUACCAGUCAUCCACAUUGUCGGAUAUCCCUCGACGGUUGAACAGAAAAAUCUACUCCCAAUGCACCACACACUGGGAGAUGGGGACUUCAGGCGAUUUGCCAGAAUGAGUGCCGAAAUCUCGAGCGCCACGGUCGUGUUGGAAGACAAAUCAGAUGCGACGAGGCUCAUCGAUGAAACGAUUAUUGAGUGCUGCCGUUCCAGCAAGCCUGUCUACAUUGGCCUCCCAUCGGAUCUUGUCCAAGCAGAGGUAGAUCCAUCUCCGCUUAAAAAUCCCCUUGCUGUCGAAGAGCCUAGCCCCAAUCCGACGGCGGAUGAGGACUAUGCCGUGGAUCUGAUUCUCAGCCGUAUCCGGGCGGCUCAGAAUCCGGCCAUCAUUGUCGAGACUCUGGCCGGAAAUCCCCACAGCUUGAACGCAACGAGGCUAUUCGUGGAAAGUUCCGGAUUUCCUUGCUAUAUUACGCCAAUGGCCAAGGGCGUCAUCGACGAAGGCUUGAGCAACUUUCGCGGCGUGUACGUGGGAAAGGUCUCGGGCCCUAACGUUUUUGAACAAAUCCAAUCCUCCGAUUUGAUCCUAGUGAUUGGGCCGCGUCCGGCGGAUUUCAACACAGCCGGGUUCAAGACAGAUUUACCUCACAUCGAGACCAUCAAAUUUGAGCGGUACAGAAUCCAAAUGCAAUACCAAGGGAUUCUGGGGCUCGGGAUGACCGGAGUGCUUGAAAGACUCAGCCAGGUCCUGGACAAAGAACGGUCCGAAUCUGUCUCCACAGCGUCUACGGCCUCCACUCCACCCCGCAAGUUCGGUGGUACCCCCGAUAUCCAUGGAGCCAUCUCCCCCUCCUCCAACUCCCCGAAGGAAAGUUUGAGCGGCGAUGAGUUUAUGGAUCUCGAGGGUCCCGUUGGUGACAAGUCUGAACCAUUGACCCAAGAGUGGAUCUGGCCGCGCAUGUCUGCCUGGCUCGAAGAAGACGACAUCAUAUCCGUCGAUAUCGGAACUUCUGCCUUUGGAAUCUUAUGGUCUCCAUACCCGCGCGGAGCAGCUUCGCUAGUGCAGAUCCUUUGGUCGUCAAUUGGAUACGCCGUUGGGGCGGCAGUGGGAGCCGCCCUCGCUGCGCGCGAAGACGAGAAACAAUCCCAAGGCACUCGGCGCCGACGCACCAUCUGCUUAACGGGUGACGGUAGCUUCCAAUUGACCGCACAAGAAGUGAGCACCAUGGUCCGCCACAGACUGGGGGUGAUCUUAUUUAUUGUCUGCAAUGAAGGCUACACGAUUGAGCGCGUGAUUCAUGGCGUGGAUGCGGAGUAUAACGAUAUCCAGCCAUGGGACUUUAAGCUUUUGCCGGCUGUCUUCAAGGCCGCUCCGAAUACUGUUCACACUUAUGCUAUCCGGACUAGGGCUGAGUUGAAUAAUCUACUCAACGACCCACUGUUUGGCCCUGCUGAUCAUUAUGAUGAGACGAAUCCUCCUCCGUUACGCAUUGUUGAGUUGUACAUGGAUAAAUACGAUGCACCGGAGAGUUUACAGGGGACUGUUGAUUCCAUUCAAGGUAGGAUGUGA